GUUCCUGUAGACUUCCUGAAAUUGAAAAUAUGGCAAAGUUAAACACUCCAAGAACCUAUUAUGAUAUUGGCGAAACAGUUAGCGAUUUCACGUGUAGUCCUGGACAUUUUUUAUCAUCCGAUAAGGGAAUGACAUGCCAGAAUAAUGGAACAUGGUCCGAUGUUAUAACGUGUGUAAAAGGUAUAACAUAUCUAAUCAGUGCGAAAACAGGAACACGUCAUGGUGCUGGUACAGAUGCCAAUGUAUACAUCUCUUUGAUCGGAUCUGGAGGAAGUACAGGAACAAUUGAUUUUUCGGGAACAUUUGAAUCUGGUGAUGUCGACGAAAAAGCAAUAUUUGCUAAAGAUAUACGUCCCAUACACAAGAUACAGAUUGGACAUGAUGGUAGAAGUUGGCAUGGUAUGUUAUCUAGUUGGGACCUGGAAUAUAUCUCAAUAUAUGUUAAAGAUGUGGAAGAAUUUUAUGUUUUUAGAAAUAAUUUGAAACAAUGGGUGGAGAAAGACAACGAUAUGACUUUGUACAGGGAAGGAAAUGCAACUUGCAUCAGCUCGUUUGAUAAGGAACUGUUGAGGUAUCCUGACUUUCAAAAAGUUCAUUAUAUACGACUUGGGCGUGGUGGACCAAUGUCGCUACGAACAUGUAAACAGUCAUGUGUAAACUGGAAGGACGAAACAACACAAAAACAAUGUGCAUCAGUGUAUUAUAGUCAUGUCUACAAAGCAUGCACUGGUUUCACCUUUAAAGACCACUUCAUUCCUGUAAAGCAAGACUGGCUAGGAAGAGUAUAUGUAAGAACAUGUAAGAAAUAAUGACUGAGUCAAAAGGAAACAAGUAGAUAGUUUUUGACCUGGUUGUUCCAUCAGAGGAUUCUAAUUACCUAUCUAAAUGUCAAUUACUUGUGCGUUACAUAACUAUCAAGUUUAGAAUUUGGUUUCAUGAGCUACAAUUUCAUCUUUUAAGACAUUAAGUUUGUUACUUAAACAGUAAAUAAAAAAAAUAACA